AUACUGUAUACAGGAUAUUGAACGCUCCAUUUUCAACUUCAAGGUCUGUAGCGCUCUUAUUACUACUGGACCAGCUUUUAGUCCGAAUUUUCAGGUUGUCUUUGCCUCAUGCUUAUGUUUUCGCCUGCCCUAAUAAGUGUAGAGGCAUUCUGUGUGCUUGCUGAGUCGUUGGCUCACUUUACUGCUUGUUUUCCCUCCUAGGUAAUCUCACUGCUCUUUGCAAGGUAUCCUCAAGCUAGACCCAAACUUACCAGAAGUUAGACGUUACAGAUCUGUAGCGCAUUAAAGACUGCACAACAUCCGAUUCCAGCUUCGAUUUAUUGAUUGUCUUAAUAUGAGGCUUGUGUUAUCUGUUGUGUUAUUAUUCUCCACAUUGCAACUAACUAAUCCCCGACCUGGUUAUGUGAUAGCUGCUGGCAUCCAGAAACCCCACUGCCCUGAAUUGAACGUGCCCACCAGAAUCAUAGGAAAUUAAAGUUCAUGAAGAAAUUACAACUAAUUAGAAUUAGUGCAGUCGAGUGGCUAGGCUACUAUCCAAUGGACAAGACGACAUACUGGGAACCGUACCGAAACAACAAGAAGCGAGCAGAAAGAAACCUAUUGGCUUAUACUAACUCGUAAGAAAAAUGAUCAACAUUGGUUAUUACUGACUUAUUUAUUGCUUUCUUUGUUAAUUGUAAGUGCACGAUGUGCGCUUUGUAGAUCGUUGGCUCAUCUUUUCUGUUUUCUUUUCCAACUAUACUCUUCACGCUACUGUGCAUGCUCCCCCAGUACACGAAGUGUAUUUUGGAUAACGCAAACCAAUACAAGUCGUGGGUGCUCUUAUCAGUUAUCCCUCGUGACAAUUGAAUCUACGUCUCGUAACAUUUUUGCCCGUCCAAAUAACACUUUUAAGAAAACAAGAACUCACAGUCAAAGGCAGCAGAAGAAUGUUGGUAUCAGCUUUGGCCUGUCAGUCAUUGCCACAUUACUCUGAUUUUGAUACAACCUCGGAAAGUGGUCUUUCCGAGUUGUCAUAUGUUCUUCCUUAUCGUCCAAAGAGAUCAUUAGCGAAAAAUAAGCGUUUGAAGACUAGUCCUGGUGUUAUACGACUUGGAGCAAGAGCUAUGAGAAGACACGAAAAUGAAGUUUAUUUACAUACAUUAGCUGCAAUUACUGAAAUUGAUGGUGACAAUAUCGAUGAUUACUGGCCUGACAGUUUUAAUUAUUGUUCAGCGUUUACCAAGUUACUAGAAGAUGAGAAUAUUCGAGCUGCAUGGGAUGCAUUCAUUAAAUUAUCUGAAAAAGAACAAGAAGAAUUUCUUGGUACAUUACAUGCACAAAGCCGAAUUGAUGAUGAAGAGGAGGUGUCAAGUAGUGAUGAGGAUGAUGUGAUAUCAUCAUAUCCUUCUACUGUUGUUCAUCAUUCCUUGUCUUCUUCUAUAUCACGUCCAAAACGACGCCAUGUAAAACAUCGAUGCAGACGAUCUAGACGUGAAGAGAGAAAUAAACAAUUUACCGAUGUGAAUUCAUUAUUGCUACAAUCAAAUCUUGAUAUGUGUAUAUCUGUUCAAUCAGAAUCUGAUAACAAUGUAACCAACAAUGAUGAUAAUCCCGAUUUGAACAUUGAACAACAACAACAACACAUUUCCGCUCGUUUACCAUCCCUUUUAUCCGACUACAUUCCUGUAAUGCUCCCGGUGAACAAUGUAAAACAUAAUCGAAAACGUUGUAAGCGUUUACUUACACCAACAGAUCUUUAUUUAUUACAACGCGUCGAAUUGGAAUUAAGAGAAUAUUUUUUCUCUCCCACCAAUGCAAACAAUGUUGUUGGCCGUUGGACACCAUCAUUAUCAUUGUUGACACAGUCAAUGAAUCACAACUGUACAAUUAGUAAUACUUAUCCUAAUUCAAAUCUAUUAUGCUUGAAUUCAUUUCAAAGAUUAUUAAUUCAUUCCGUUGCUAGUUAUUUAGGAUUGAAUUCAUAUAGUACAUGGUCUAAUUCACUGGGUGAACGUCAAUUAUGGGUGGAGAGAAUUUUAGGAAAAUCUAGUCAACCACCAACUGAACAUUUUGUAACAUUAACUGAACAAAACAUCAUACAAUCAUCAUCAUCAUCAUUGAGUACAUGAUGGUUACUAGUUUGUGUAAACCUGAUAAUUUACCACCCUACCAUUUUUAGUCGUACUAUUUUCUCUCUUCAUCUAUUUAUUUCAUGUAUUGAUCACGUUAAUAAUAAUAAUAGUAAUAAUAAUGAUAAUCACAAUAAUAAUAACGAUAAUAAUAAUAAUAG